UCGUGCGGGCUGUGGCAGGGAAGGGGCCACCAUGGGAUGUACUCUGAGCGCAGAGGAGAGAGCCGCCCUCGAGCGGAGCAAGGCGAUUGAGAAAAACCUCAAAGAGGAUGGCAUCAGCGCCGCCAAAGACGUGAAAUUACUCCUACUGGGGGCUGGAGAAUCAGGAAAAAGCACCAUUGUGAAGCAAAUGAAGAUCAUCCACGAAGAUGGCUUCUCUGGAGAAGAUGUAAAACAGUACAAGCCUGUGGUCUACAGCAACACCAUCCAGUCCCUGGCAGCCAUCGUCCGGGCCAUGGACACUCUGGGCAUUGAAUAUGGUGACAAGGAGAGAAAGGCUGACGCCAAGAUGGUGUGUGACGUGGUAAGUCGGAUGGAGGAUACUGAGCCCUUCUCUCCAGAGCUGCUUUCCGCCAUGAUGCGACUCUGGGGUGACUCAGGAAUCCAGGAGUGCUUCAACAGGUCUCGGGAGUAUCAGCUCAAUGACUCUGCCAAAUACUACCUGGACAGCCUGGAUCGGAUCGGGGCCACCGACUACCAGCCCACCGAGCAGGACAUCCUACGAACCAGGGUCAAAACCACCGGCAUUGUAGAAACACACUUCACCUUCAAGAACCUCCACUUCAGGCUGUUUGACGUCGGGGGCCAACGAUCUGAACGCAAGAAGUGGAUCCACUGCUUCGAGGACGUCACGGCCAUCAUCUUCUGUGUCGCGCUCAGCGGCUAUGACCAGGUGCUCCACGAAGACGAGACCACGAACCGCAUGCAUGAAUCCCUGAAGCUUUUCGACAGCAUCUGCAACAACAAAUGGUUCACAGACACAUCCAUCAUCCUGUUUCUUAACAAGAAGGACAUCUUUGAGGAGAAGAUCAAGAAGUCCCCACUGACCAUCUGCUUUCCUGAAUACACAGGCCCCAGUGCCUUCACGGAAGCCGUGGCUUACAUCCAGGCCCAGUAUGAGAGCAAGAACAAGUCAGCCCACAAGGAGAUCUACACCCAUGUCACCUGUGCCACUGACACCAACAACAUCCAAUUUGUCUUUGACGCCGUGACGGACGUCAUCAUCGCCAAAAACCUGCGAGGCUGUGGCCUCUACUGAGCCCGGCCUCACCACCCAGCGGCCGCCACCCUGCCCACCUGCUGCCCCCUCCCUGCCCUGGAACCACCCUGUGCACAUGACAUGGCAGCACCGGCGGCUGGCACCUGGGGUUGGGGCAGACCCCCUCCACCAGCUGCCGCAGCUCCAGCCAACAAGCCACGUGGUAACGUGAGAGCCAGGCGGGGGCGCCAAGUGCCCACACCACUGGCCUGCUUCAUCUGAGCGUUUUGUUCGGGGCAGAGGGGUGAGGGGAUCAAUGCCGCCGUUCAGCCCAGAAAGCGCACGCCCUACACUUGGUGGCUCAUAGUCAAAAUCCCAGGGUCUCCCCCUGUCAUGUGGGGCUGCGUCGGUGAUGGCGUGGUCCUGGGGCAGCGUGUUGGCAGCGGUGGGGGCAGUGAGAGCUACUGCUUAGCUUUUCUUGGGGUCUCCAUCCCCAAAAGCCAGGUGGGACCAGGCCGCCUGCCUGUGGGUCCCAGGUGAGUGCCCCCCUCCCCCUUCCCCAUGAAUCUCAGCCUCCUGGUGCAAGCCUUUCCGUUUCUGGGCCGUCCUUCCUUGCACACCACACCCUUGGGGCUCCCUCGCCCCCUCCUGGGGAGCCCACUUCCCUGACUCCUCAUAGGUCUGGAAAUGCUUCUGACAAUGACUUAAUGUGAAGGCAUGUAGUAGAUGGUAGGAGGGGUUGAGUCCUGUGCCUGGACAGAGGCCAUGCAAGAGGUGGGAGGUGGCAGCGGGGGAGGGGAGGCCGAGGGUCAGUAGCUCUCGUAUUGACUGGGAUGCGGGCCUCCUGUCCAGUCCUUGCAGCCCCAGGGGUGGCCCGUCUACCUUCUCCCGUCAACCAGGUCUCAGGCAGCUACUUGGAGUGUGAGUAACAGCUUUUGCUUCUUGAACUUACAGUGACUCCAACUCAGACGAGCAGGGUCAGGCAGGGAGGGGCCUUUGGGCUCUGGAGCUGGGGGUCCAGGGGGAGGUGUAGGCGAGGCCCUGCAAACACUGCUCUGGCUUCCGUCUUAGAGAGAGACCCGCAUGUUUGUCUGCAGCCGUUGGUGUCCUGCCAGCCACCAGGGGCAUAGGAGGGGCCAUGGAUGGGGCCACCACCCUGGAGAGUGUGCUACAAGGAGCCCAGGCCUUUCAAACACACACCCAGCCGCCCUCCUCUGGAGAGGGAAUCCUGGGACCCCAUAGAGGGCUUUGCUGCAUGGAUGCCUGAGCAGAAAGGGAUGGGGUGACUUCAGCUGGAGACUCAGUCCCUGGCUGGCCUUGGGCAAUCAACACACCUCCCUCUGACUCCUGAGAGCCUUCAGGGGGCUGAUGCCACCAACCAGCCCCCAGGCAGGCUCUGUGUGCUAUCUGGCAUGCUCUGCCUAAGGAGCCAGAUGUGCCCAGGGGAGGGGAGAGGGCUGCCCCUUGAGACACCUCUGCCUCCCUCCUCCAGCCCUCUGCUCUGCCAACCUCCACUCUGGGCUCUGCUGGGUCCCAGGGCUGGGCAGAACCCCUGAACUCCCAGUGCAGCACCUUUUGGCUGUUUCAGAGCCAGGAAAAGCCCCAUGUCAGCAUCUCUAGACUACUUGGUUCCAACAGGCACAGAGUUCUGAGCGAUGCACAGGAGAACCAGGGCGACCUGCCUAGUGCCAUACACCUGCAGGGAUGGCUGCCACUGAGGUGAACCCCUGCCCUGGUCUGGCUGCCACUGGGGUGAGCCCCUGCCCUGGUCUGGCUGCCACUGGGGUGAACCCCUGCCCUGGUCUGGCUGCCACUGGGGUGAGCCCCCUCCCUAGUCUGCCUCUCGCUGCUGCCCCUGGCUGCGGGAGCCACCCUGCCAUCCCAAGCCCACUUUGGUUUUGGUCACCUUAUCAUAUGCCGGACCUUGUACACGGUGCUGGGUGGUGGCAGAGGACAGGCCUGAGUCAGCAGUCUCAAUACCCUGCCCUGAACAGCAAGGGCCAGUUAAGCUAUUUUGCCCAACACUGAAGACUAACAGUUAUUUCCAGCAUCACCACCCUCUGCUCUGUGACCCCAGACUCAGAGGGAGGAUGCUGGCCAAACCCCACCUCUAAGGCCUUCACCCUAGGAGAGGAAGUCCCUGGCCCUGCAGCUCGGGGUUCCCCAUCACCCGGCCACCUCGGCCACCUCCUCUAAGCCCAGGGGCCAGAGCAGGAGGCAGAGGGAGUGAGCAGGGCCCCCGCGCCCCGUCUGUAGCCAUAGGGAGCCAGAGGAGUGGGUUGCCCCCCUGUGCCUGGGCCUUCUUUUCCAGCCUCAGCUGCUCACUCUCACCCUGCUUGGUUUCUCACGCUGCUCUUGCUCUCCCACCCCUGGCUGCCGAGGGGUCCUUGGCUGUCCGGUGUACGUCCUCACGGAGAAAGCAUCCAGGACGGAGUCCCCUCCCGCCACCACAUCUCCCACCUGUGUCGUCACUGGGGACUCCACCAUGGGGAGGAGGAGGGGCUCAGGGUGACAUUGAGUUUUGGCUCCGUCGUGGGUGUGAGUGUCAGGGGAAGAUGUGAGUGACCAGAUAUGCAUGGGUCUCUUAUCCAUGAUGGCCCGUGUGUGCCCCCAAAUAGGCCAUGCUCAAAUGGCUAUAAUUUAGCAGACCAAAGGGAAUCGAACUUCUGGAGUGGGGAGUAGUUGCCAAACCCAUAUACGCUGUGCCUGCCAUCUAGAUGCUGUGGACAAGUUCUGUGCCCUGAACCAACUCCUUCAUGAGAGCCAGUCUUGGCCUUCCCAUCGGGGACUGAGAAAGGUCCCCAGGGCUCCGGCCUGCCUGGAGGGGCCGUGCCUGAGGCCCAAGCUGGGGCUCCCUUGAGCCUGGGGCCUAGGAGGGUGUGGGCUUUGCCCCGGCCCCAAAGAGAGAGCACAGCUCUGGGCCCCCCGCCAUCCUGGGUUCCGAAUGCCAGAUUGGGUAUUCUGCGAGCUCUUGCUCUCCAGCCUGCCCCCUCUCUCACCCCUCCCUGUUCCCCUUGGUCUGAUUUAGGGGACUCUUCAGCCCCAUUGGUAAAUAGCUCCAGCACAACCCAGGCCCCAGUUUCUUUCCUCCCAACCAGCUAGCAGCCUGCCCAGUGCUCUUUUUGAGAAGUCUGGUGCAUAACGCCUCUUCUGGCUGCAUCUGCUCUUCCCAGAGCCUUCUGGAAGCCUCCAGGCACCACCUGGCAGUUCUCAGGAACUGAGGCCUGAGGUUCUGGCUCCACGGCCACCAGAGUUUCAAUUUGGGGUGCCAAAGGCAAGCACCCAGAUAGUUUGCCGUGUCCGCCUGCAAGCCUACAGAGUGACCCAAGGCAGGGAGCAGGGCCAGUGUAUGAGCUGCCGCCAAGCAUUGGUGCUCAGGCUUCCCACUCCCCUGGGGGGCUCCAGGGCUCCAGACAGACCCCACCCCAGCCACAUGAAGGCCCCAGUCAAGGAAGGGUAGGUUCCAACAGAAGCAAAAAGGAACCCCCCUCCCCAACCAAAGCCCUGGGCCCUCUGGGUCAGCGAGGGGGUCCCUCUGAAAGGGAAGCCUUCAUCCCCAGGCCCAAUGCACCAAGACCACCCACAUGGACCCACAGCCCUUUCUCUGAAGAGCCAAUGGCUCUGUCCUCCCACUGCUCCUGUGGCCCCCUCACUCCCCACCUCUCCCCCAUGCCUCCCACCCUGCUGCUGCCUCCCUCAGCCAUCAGGCCCUCCCCUCAUCUUUGCCACCCCUCAUUUUUCUGCCCCAUCUCCUGGCUCAGCCCCCGCUGUGCAUGUCCUCUGCCCCCCAUGCCUCCUCCCCACUCAGUCUGCUCCCCUCCCCUGUCCCAGGCAGGGUGGGCUCUGUGUCCUCCACCUCCUUAGCAAACCUCCCUCAGGUGCAGUGGUCCCACUUUCCACCCCCACCACCACCUCCCACCCCAUAUUAACUGUAAUUUUGUAAGAAGAGUGACUUGGUUUAAUAAAUCUCUCGUUUUUGUAAUAA